AUGGCGAGGGAAUUGCCCCAAGAUAUUAUAGAGAAUAACAUCCUCACCAGGCUUCCCGUCAAAUCCCUAAUCCGAUUCACCUCCGUUUCGAAAAGCUGGCGUUCCGUUAUACUUUACAACCCUAGAUUCGCGAAAUCCCAAUUUGAAUCAUCUUCCAAGACUCACAGAGUCCUGGUCUCCAGCAACGACUCUCCUGAACUCAAAUCUCUAGACUUGGAGUCGCCGUGGUUCGGACACAAUUCCUUCUCUUCCAGGAAGCUGCAUUUCCCAUUCGAGCAGCAACCGGCGUGCUGCAACUUCCUAGGCUCCUCUAAUGGCUUGGUGUUUGUAUCAUUGGACAACAGGUUCUACAUCUGGAACCCCUCGACUCGAUUCUUCAAGAAACUGCCUGGCAUUGGUUAUCCCUCGGAUGAAAGCACCGUGCCAAUGUACUAUGGUGCUGGAUAUUUGUCCGCCACAGACAACUACAAGGUUCUGAUAGCCUACAUGCUUGAUAGUCAAGAGGAGGAGAAAAGUGUCGAGGCCGUACAUGUUUUAUCAUUGAAAUCUCUCAUUUGGAGAAUGGGCAAUGCUGAUAGCCUUGGCACCAAUAUAUUUACUUGUCUUCAGGGGACGCUUUCGAAUGAGGUGCUACAUUGGCUGUAUGAGUACAACUAUUCCACAUACGAUCUGGUUGCUUUUGAUUUGGCUAGCGAGGAGUUCCGGAUAAUGCAGCUGCCGGAUUUUGAUGAUGAUGGUAGGAGUUUGCAUAGGUGCGAGCUUGGGGUUGUUGGAGGGUGCCUGUGUGUUGCGAGUUAUACUGAUGCGGCUAUUACUUGUGACUCUGUUGAUUUUUGGGUGAUGAGAGAAUAUGACGUGCGUGAGUCUUGGACUAAGGUUUUUAACCUGGAUUUUUCCAACUUGCCUGUGCAGCCAUUGCUUGAGAAAUCACCGUGCGGUUGGUUUGCUAUGGAAAGUAGCACAGUUGCCUUGAAAUGGACUGGCAAGGGGAUUUGGUUCAUGAGGAUUGAUCAUAAAGAACAAGAUAAGCUCGGCCUGUAUAUGAUUGAGGGGAGCGGGUUUGCGAUUGUGGAAUAUGAAGAGAGUCUAAUUUGGAUUGAGGAGAAAGAGAAAGUUAAGAAGACUAGAACCUCAUCUCGGAGCCUGAAAAAACUCUAG